AUGAGGAUAUUACCGGGAAGCAGAGGAGUUGCCUUAUGCCUCCUCCUAGUGUCCGUGCUCUGUUCGGCGGCUCUUUCUCUCGGCCGUGAAGUCGAGGUCGUUGGCUACGCCGAAAGCAGCAAGAUCAUGAACCCCCAAACAUUUUCAGGACUCCGAGUAACGAUAGAAUGCAAAACGGCCGAUGCAAAAGGCCAUUUUGUUACACGAGGAAAUGGAGAAAUUGACGAAAAAGGAAAGUUUAGUCUCAAUAUUCCUCAUGACAUCGUCGGAGACGACGGAACCCUAAAAGAAGCUUGCUAUGCUCAGCUUCACAGCGCUUCCGGUAACCCUUGUCCGGCUCACGACGGCCUCGAGGCUUCCAAGAUCAUGUUUUUAUCGAAAUCCGGUGACAAACACGUUUUUGGUCUCAAACAAAAUCUAAAAUUUUCACCUGAAGUUUGCAUCUCCAAGUUAUUUUGGCAUAUGCCUAAGUUCCCUUUGCCUCCACCGCUCAAAAAGCCUUGCCCUCCUAAGAUAAAGCUUCCACCAGUGGUGAUCCCAAAGAAGCCAUAUCCACCAAAGAUCGUGCAUAAACCGUCGGUGCCUAUCUACAAGCCACCGGUUGUGAUCCCAAAGAAGCCGUGUCCACCAAAGAGCGUGCAUAAACCGUCGGUGCCCAUCUACAAGCCGCCAAAGAAAGUGCUUCCACCGAUCUACAAGCCUCCGGUGGUGGUGAUCCCAAAGAAACCGUGUCCACCUAAAGUUUCGGUGCCUAUCUACAAGCCCCCGGUGGUGGUGAUUCCAAAGAAGCCAUGUCCACCACUUCCUAAGCUUCCUCCGGUGGUUGUGAUUCCAAAGAAGCCAUGUCCACCACUUCCGCCGUUUCCUAAGUUUCCGAAGUUCCCUCCAACAUACAUUCCACACCCUAAGUUCGGGAAAUGGCCUCCUUUCCCUUCUCACCCAUGA